CAGAAUCUGACAACGAAAGGCUCAGAGUCAAAGCCCGAAUCUUAUGUCAGUAUUGAGCGCGGCGGCUCUGCCAAGAAUGAAUGCAGCUUGGAGGCUUCAUUCUUGCGCUACAACAUUGUAAGCAAAGGGCAAAGAAAUCCGUGCACAUUGCACAAGCUUCGCCUCUGAUGAUUUGACUGGAGGCCUUCCCCGGCCUAAGACCUCGACGCUUCAGGAUGAAGAGAGCAGGCUUAUGGAAGGUUGCAGAGAGAUGAAGAGAAGCUUCAAGGUGCACGAGAACCUUGGAAGUCACAUGGACGACACGUUGCUUAAUGAGAGGGAAAGCAGAAUUGAUUGGUGACUUCUGCAUAGGAUCAGGCUCUGCUUUGGGGCGAGUCUUUGCGGGGCCAUCGUCCGACUCGACACCUGCUGCAAAACCAGCAAUCAAGGGUUGGCUAGAAAAACAGAGGCUACAGAACGUUUGCUGAGAAAAGGAGGCGCCAACCUAAGUAGGGGGCAGAAAUGGAUAGCCCUGAGAGGGCCCGCUCUGUCACCCCCUCAAGGGAACACAAUUACAGUCCGACAAGACCACGGUCAACCAGUCCAAUCCCUGCUCAGAGGAGUAGACUGAAGUCUACUUUUGGAGCCCAGCCGGUGUCGACCAGAGUGAACGCCCCCACUUUCGUCUUUGGAAGCUCAGACCGAGCUGCGGCAGCAAAGGUGUUCAUCGACUCGGACCACUCCAAGACGUCCGUCGGUCUCAACAGCCCGGGUCCUGUGUACGAGGUCAAGUCGUCGCUGGGCCGACAGCUGGAGUCCAAUAAGGAGUCGCCCACUUACGUCAGCUUCGGGAGUGCCAAGAGGUUUGGAAAGGCAAGAGAGCCUCGCACCGCGGGGGAUGUCCCCGGGCCCGGUCAGUACCAGGGAUCUUCGUCGAUCGGCCCCCAGGUCGACUCCCGGUUGAGGUCCCCCGAGUCGGUCGGCUUCGGGAGCAGCACACGCGACAACCAGGCCAAGGUCUUCAUGGGACCCGACUUCUCCAAGUCGUUCUUUGGGCAGGACUCCCCCGGCCCCAGCAGCUACAGCGCCAUGUCCAGCAUCGGGAGUCAGCCGCUAUCAGACCACAAAAGCCCGCCCGGCUGGAAAUUCGGCACCGCCGGUAGAUUCAAGUACGAGUUCGUAGAGCGCGCUGCGAAGACGCCCGGCGCGGGGCAGUACAACUCGAUCGGGUCGGUAGGGAAGCAGCCCCAGACGCAAAAGCAGAACGUGCCCGCCUUCAGCUUCGGAAGCUCGCAGCGGGACCAAAGGGCGAAAAUGUUCAUCUCGACGGAGCAUGAAAAGAGCCAGUACGGCACGUGCAGCCCGGGGCCGGCGUCGAACAAUCCCAAGUCUUCACUGGGCUUCCAGAUCAAUUCACGAGCGCGGAACGCGUCCGCCGUGGGUUUCGGCAAAGCGAAGAGACUGGUGUACAUGCCGACAGACACUCCAGGCCCGGGCCAAUACGAUACGUAGAUAGCACGUGCGAGCGUACUCAAGAGUAUGUCUCGUCGAAAGGACCGCGGGAUCAGCGCAUUGCAAAGGACUGAAGCGAAGAGUGGGAAUGUUUCCGGGUAGAGAGUAAUGUCGGACAGUAGAUUCGUAGGGAUAUUUAUCGCACGCGAUGGGUCUGAGCGGAAUGAUAAUUGCUUGGAUUAAAA